UAUGACAUCGUCACCACGAGGGGUCAAUUUUUGGACAACUUAAACUAUGGAGCGGGCCGUUCGUUGGCAUUACGGUACAGAAGUAAAUCUUCUUUUUAUUCUCCACUACCUGAGAAGUAUAAGGUUACACAGUACACCUUUACUUAUUUCGAAUCAUACAUAAGGUUACAUCUUUCUAGAAAAACCUUUUGCAAAAACAAACUCCACGAUGGAUGCUCUGCUAUCGCUUCCGGUGGUGGGAUACUUUCUCCUGCCAUCAGUAUCAACAUACUCAACAUCGUUAAACUUCCUAUUCUUUUACAUGACAUGGUCAACUCUCGUGCUUUCGCAUUCGGCUGUAAAGGUCGAGUUAGUAGGGACCCUUGGAAUAAGACUAUUAUUCUUCGUAAUACCAUCAUUACUAUUCCUCCUCUUCGAUUCGAUCAUACCAAGUUUAUCGGUAGGGGUUAAGCGGCAAGGAAAACAAGCAUUACCUACUCGUACGGGGGGAAUAAAAGUAUCCAGGUCCAAGGUUCCGAAAUGGUAUGAGGUUGUUGGGAUCAGCAUAUUCAAUAUCUUGCUUGGAAUUGGCAUUCAAGCGGGACUGGAAAUGUUCCUUACGGAAAUCUUACACUAUAAAACUGCGCUAAGAGUCACUACCACGUUACCCAUGCCAUGGUCGAUCGCCAAGGAUGCUUUAAAAUGUCUUCUUGCCCGCGAGGUUAGUGAUAAUCUCAUUAGGUGCUUUCGUUCUGUGUUCAUGGCUGACCCAUUUUUCUUACAGGUCCUACAAUACUACACUCACCGUUAUAUUCUCCACGCUCGGUCUUCAAACUUCCUCAGCAAGGGCCACAAGACUUAUUUCCACUCCAUCACUUCUCCAUAUGCAUUCGUCGCACAUUACGAUCAUCCAGCCUCCUACAUCCUUUUCCGCUUCAUUCCCAUCUAUCUCCCCGCACUACUUUUUCGUGUCCACCUCCUUACCUAUCUUCUCACUCUCUCUGUCGUCACUUCAGAAGAAACACUUGCAUCAUCCGGCUACACCAGCAUCCCAGGUAUUAUUCUUGGUGGUAUAGCACGUCGACAAGAUCUACACAGUGAAAGUGGCGGAAAAGGAAAUUUUGCACCAUUGGGUUUAUUGGAUUGGAUCCAUGGAACUAGCAUUGGGCCUGGAUUUGAGGAAGAUAUUGCGGAUGAGGCUGAAAAGCAUCAAGUCAAGAGUCGAAGCAGAAAGGCAAUUUCUAAUGGAAAGGAGGGUAUGAAAUCGUUAACUGGGGGAAGAAGAAGUUCUAGGAGGAGUUAAGAUUUAUUUUUGCUGCCAAGGAGGACUGGAUUGUCUUUAGGUUUUGUCUAGUAUUGGAGUUUGGGAACCGUUUGGUUUUACGUUGAGAUACCCAUGAUUGAUGACUCUACGACUCUUGCUAUGUAUCUUUCAUAAAUUCCCUAUGAUAGCAAUUUACAUCACCAGAUUAAGGCAGAAAUUUCCUCA